UGUUAUGCGAAUAAAAAACGAGGGGCGAACGAGGUUAUUCGAUCUAUGAAAUGAGGGUUUUCUCCGACUAAAUUCUGAUCAAAAAAAUAAAAAUCCAAGGCGAAAUGACAAUAGAAAAUAGUGGAGGAGGAGAAGGCGAAAUGACAAACGCAAGCAACAACAAGAACGAUAAUCAUUUCUUCAAGUCGAUCUUAUUCUUCGACAACAACAAGAAGAAGAAGAAGUCCAGCGAUGCCGAUUCACCCAGGCCCAUUGCUCUCCUCUCUUCUCUCGCCAAUUCCGUAGUCUAUCGCUGUUCCAAGAUUCUUCUAAUCCCUACUGAAGAAUUACAGCAUCGUUUUGAGACAGAGCUACCUGAUACUGUCAAGCAACCUUCAACCUAUACUAGGAAUUUUUUAGAAUUCUGUUCUUACCAAGCACUCAAUCUGGUGACUGCACAUCCAGAUUAUUUAAGUGACAAGGAGUUCCGUUGUUUAACUUUUGACAUGAUGCUUGCUUGGGAGGCCCCUGGUGUUGAGAAUCAGACACCAGACACAGAAACUGCUUCUUGCAGUAACCAGGAAGUGGAGGAUGAGGAUGGGUGGUCAUUAUUUUAUUCUAGUUCCACAAAAAUGGCUGUUCAGGUUGAUAACAAGAAGACUGUUGGGACAGAGGCUUUUGCACGGAUAGCUCCUGCCUGUGCUGUUAUUGCAGAUAUAAUCACUGUCCACAAUCUUUUUGAUGCACUGACUAGUUCUUCUGGUCAUCGACUUCAUUUUCUCAUAUAUGACAAGUACCUUCGAACACUUGAGAAGGUAAUUAAAGCUGUGAAAAGUACACUGGGACCUCAAUCUGCAUCCAACCUUCAGCUUGCUGAGGGUGAGUUCAUUUUAGAUGUUGAUGGUACAGUUCCCACACAACCAGUUCUGCAACAUAUUGGAAUAUCAGCAUGGCCUGGGCGGUUGACACUGACCAAUUAUGCGUUGUACUUUGAGUCUUUGGGAGUUGGUUUAUAUGAUAAAGCUGUCAGAUAUGAUUUGGCAAUGGACAUGAAGCAGGUCAUAAGGCCUGAAUUAACCGGACCAUUGGGUGCUCGUCUCUUUGACAAAGCUGUGAUGUACAAAUCAACAUCUAUAGCAGAGCCUGUUUAUUUGGAGUUUCCUGAAUUCAAAGGCAAUUCACGACGGGACUACUGGUUGGAUGUCUGUCUUGAGAUCCUCCGUGCUCACAGGUUCAUUAGGAAGUAUAAUCUCAAAGGGAUUCAACAAUCUGAAGCACUUGCAAGGGCAAUCCUAGGUAUUUUCCGAUAUCGUGCGGUGAGAGAAGCGUUUCGUACCUUCUCAUCCCAUUACAAAACCUUACUGUGUUUUAAUUUGGCUGAAAGUCUUCCGGGGGGAGAUGUGAUCUUGGAAACUCUAUCAAUUCGUUUGGCGCUCUUGAAUGCCAGCACUUGCCAACGCGAUUCAGUUGGGGUUUUAAAUGCAAAACUAGGGUUGAAACUCCCAGUUUCAGUUUUGACACUACACAGAUUUGGGCUUAUAUCAGAACACUGGGAAGAUGUUGAUGGGGAAGCAUUUGAUGCAGCUGUAGAUGUUUGUAUUGGUGAAAUAAAUCCAUUAGAAAACGCAGUGAAACAGUCCAAGCGGAACACGGGAAGGGCAGAAGCUGCGCAAGCAACUGUGGACCAAGUAAAAGUGGAGGGCAUUGAUACCAAUCUAGCUGUAAUGAAGGAGUUGCUUUUCCCACUUCUUGAAUCAUUCAACUGUCUUCAAGUUUUGGCUACAUGGCAAGACCCUUGGAAAUCAACAAUGUUUCUGGUGAUGAUCAGCUAUUCAAUUUUUAGGGGAUGGAUCAGGUAUAUAUUGCCCUCCAUUUUUGUAAUUCUUGCAGUUCUUAUGCUCUGGUAUGGGCAUAUAAAGAAAGAGAGGCCAGUGGAAGCAUUUAAAAUUACCAUUCCCCCAAAUAAAAAUGCAGUAGAGCAGCUGCUGACAUUACAAGAAGCCAUCACUCAAGUUGAAUCUCUAAUACAAGCUGGAAAUAUUACUUUACUGAAAGUUAGAGCUCUCCUAUUUGCUGCACUUCCACAGCUACUGCUGCUCUCCCAUAAUAAUUGUCAUUGGAGACACUGGUGACUUCCUCAAAUCAGUCACAUUACCUGUACAUUCCUCUUGGCUAGUAAAGUGAGAUCUAGAUACAAAUUUUGUCGUAAUGACGAAAGUUAUCACAAAUUUUAUUUAUUUUUAUUUAUUUAUUUUUUUUUUGUGGAUAAAUAUUAGUUCUCUCAAAUUUUGUCAUGAUGAUACUAGUUAUCAUUUAUAGUACAAGCUACACGAACAUGUUGAGUACCAUGUUUCUUUUCUUUUCGAAGUUGGGGCUGUUUGGUAUCAUGUUCAUCUUCUUUGUUUUUGUUUUUUGUUUUCACGUCAUUGGGAACAAAAUAAUAAAACAUUGAAGAAUACCCAUCCGUUUUAUAUUUUUUUCAUUUUUUUUGUUGUUACAAAAACAGUUAUCUAAAAUUCACAAAAACAACUAUAGGUGUUUCCUAAAAAAUGGAGUGUUUACAGAAAACGUUCCCGAAAACAGUUUGCCAAAUGUGUUUUCAGCAUUUUUCUGUUUCUUAAGACAGAAAACUGAAAACGAUGCCAAAUGCUUGUCUAAAAGAUAUGUU